AUGAAAAUAAUUAUAAUAUUUUGUUUUAUCCUUAUUAUUUUUAAACAUGUUAUAAUUUCAAAAGGCUUAAAUGAUAUUCCUUUAAUAAAUUAUGAAAUGGUGCCUUCACAAAGAUGGAAAGUCGCAUCAACUGAAUUAGCAAAAUUAAAAGAAAAAUUAAAGCUUUUUAUAACAUCAGAAAUUCAGAAAGAGGAAUCUAAUUUGAUUCGAAAGUAUUACAGGGAAUUCUUGCUUCCUGAUGACGAUAAUAUGAACAAUUUCGAAUCGGAAUUAGUUUCCACAAAAAAGGGGGAUAUAAGCGAUUUGUUAGAAGAUGGUGAAAUUGAAACAAAAAUUCAGGAAAAAGUAUCUUUUGAUACAAAUGGCCCUAUAUUAUUAACAUAA